UUAUUUGAUUUCGAGCACAUGUUUCAAUUUGUCUGAAUAUAUUGUUUUGAUUUUAUUUUCCGAUUUUUAUUUGAUCAUCAUCAUCGUCAUCAUCGACCAAUUAUGCGUCCGCUAACUGAAGAGGAAACCAGAUUAGUUUUUGAAAAAUUAUCUAAAUACAUUGGUGAAAAUGUCAAAUGUUUAUUGGAUCGUCCCGAAGGAAUUUAUUCAUUCCGGUUACAAAAAGAACGUAUUUUCUAUGCAAGUGAACGGAUGAUUAAACUUGCUGCAACCAUAGCUCGUGAGAAUUUAAUUUCAUUUGGAACUUGUAUUGGAAAAUUUACGAAAACACGUAAAUUUCGUUUGAAUAUAACGGCAUUAGAAUUUUUGGCUCCAUAUGCAAAGUAUAAAGUAUGGCUAAAACCAAAUGCUGAACAACAAUUUCUAUACGGAAAUCAUAUACUGAAAUCUGGUCUUUCACGAAUCAGCGAUAAUACGGAACAAUAUCAAGGUGUCAUCAUUUAUUCGAUGAACGAUUUACCAUUAGGUUUUGGAGUGGCAGCAAAAUGUUCGGCCGAUAUUCGUGUAGCUGAUCCGAUGGCCAUUGUUGUAUUCCAUCAAGCUGAUACAGGCGAAUAUCUUCGUAAUGAAGAUUUUCUUGCUUAAUUAAUUUCUGAUCGUGAAUUUAUAUGAAUUUUGUAUUAUAAUUUUUUUCUUAAUUUGAAUAAAUUUUAAUUUUUUGAA